AUGUUAGUAUCAACUUCUGAUGAGAUUUGCAAGCAUCCUCUAAACAAUUCUCCAACUAAGCAGCAGUUUUCUUUCUCAAAGGCUUUACGCUUCAAAAGUUAUCAAAGUUCUCUCUGUAAAGAAGAUUUCUAUAAGAUUCCUUCAGCAUUGGACCACCGAUCCACCAAUUUUGGUAUUGGCGAAAGAUCUGAUUUUACAAAGUCUCAAAGUCAGAGUCCAGCACCUUGGGUUUACCAAAUUCCUUCUUCGUUGAAGAAAUCUGGAAUAAGCUUUGGAACUUCCAGAGAGUUGUGCAAACGAGUUUUUGAGACUCAUUUAACUCCUGAUCCAUCUGUCCCUGGGCCUGGAACUUAUAAGUUUAAGCAAAAAUCACUCGGUGUAGAUGCGCCCAAAUGAACUUUGAGACCAAAAACUCAGUCUCCCGACGAUAAAAAAGAAAAAAAGCACAUCCCAGGACCAGGGACUUAUGCACCCAAAUGAGACAUGCCAAAAACAGGUGAUUAUGUUUUGUCUAACUGAAAUUCCACAAAAUCAAGCAGCUUCGCACCAAAUUCUCUAUCAAGAUUUGGAAGCAGAAAUCUCAGUGCUUCUAUCUUGCCUGGGCCUGGAGCAUAUCAAAUAAAUUCUAGCAUAAAUGAGAAAGGCGAAUAUUUUGUUUCAAAAUUUCAGUCUUCAAUGUCAAGGUCUUUUGGCAAAUCUAAAAGGGCUUUAAUGAGAUCGAAUUCAGAAUAUCCUGGGCCAGGGACUUAUAGAGCACCAUCAGAGUUUGGAUACUAUGAAAGCAAAGUUAAGCUUAAACUAAAUAUGAAAUUGUAUGAAAAAGCUAAAAAAAGUAUCGCAAGCACCUCAGUCCCAAAUUCAAGAAGAAGUUUAGAAUCUUCUCCUAGAGGGAAAGAUUAUUAA